AUGCAGGUCGAGUCGCCUAUGGCAGAGGCCCAAGGGCACAGACCAGAAGCAGAAGGUGUGUUUAACCACUUUUAUCAAAACCUCACCUUCCAGUCUAUUUUGAGUCGUUACAAUCCGCCGGAGAUUUCGGAAGCUGAGAUAAGGAGAAUGCGGGAGGUACUUACGCUGGCCGGGAAUAAUUAUGACGAACGAUUUCCAGCAACCGUACGAGCCACCGACUUCUGGUACUGGUGUGGAUUGAGACCGGAGAGAUGGGGCAUAGUUCCGGAUCAAGCUCUCUGGAAUGAGUUCACCCGGGAAUUCGAACUGCGCAGAGGCUCCCCCAAUGCGAGAACGCAGGCAAUUCUCGGUCAAGCCACGUGGAAUCGUCCAACCUUUUGAGCUAGCAGAAGGUCUGACUGGUCAACCAAAUGCGAUGCGACCUUGAAAUGUGUUGUCAAGGCACAGUCAUCUGAAAGAAACAUUUGGGACCCAGCCUCCCCAGUGACAUAUCAUCCAAAGAUAACCUCGACUUGAGGGGGAUGCAG